AUGCAAGAGAAUGAGUCUUUAAGAGAGUUCGUGAAACGGUUUGGUCAGGCCAUGUUACACGUAGAGGCUUACAGCAUGGAUACUGUCUUUCAGAUCUUCAAACAAAGUAUUUGUCCAGGCACCCCAUUCUUCGAGUCACUCAUUAAGAAGCCUCCUACGACAAUGGACGACCUGUUCCGGCAUGCAAGUAAAUACUCAAUGCUGGAAGACGAUGUGCGUGCGGCCACCCAACAAAUUUUGGUUGCCGAACAGACAUCCAGAAGCGGUGUGGAAAGAAAUUCCAAACUUCCGGACAGGCCAAGGCCGUCCAGUCGAAGGCAGGAAGAGCCAAGCCACCCAGAGCUGCCACCCUUCACACCCCUUUCCAUAUCCUACGAGAAACUCCUCCUUCUGAUCCAAGACCUAUCCAACUUCAGGUGGCUCGAACCCCUCAGAGCAGACCUCUUCAAAAGGGAUCACAACAAGAAGUGUGCCUACCAUAAGGAGCAUGGUCACACUACGGAGACGUGCAGGAGCCUCCAUUAUUUGGUGGAAAAGCUCAUAAAGGCGGGACAUUUGAAGCAAUACCUCCGCUCAGAUGCCAGAGUUAGAGACACCCCCCGAAAUCGCGACUCCGGGACCCCCAGGAUCCCAACCGCCCCCAAAGCCAUUAUAAACUAUAUCCACGGAGGACCACUGGAUGAGGAGUACGACUCCAAAUGA